UAUUGAUAUUUGGAUCUUGUAUCUGAUAUUUGUUUUGGAUACAGGUUUUCACCAAGAUUUUGUUAUUCUGAAGGACAUUGUUUAUUUAAUUCAAAUCAAUUAAAAUGUCUGGAGUUUUAAAGACAACAACAAAGUUAGCUGGAUUAGCUUUGGCCGAUAAGCCUCGUGAGGCUUUGUCGAUGAUUUACAGAAGAACUUUGAAUGUUUUACAAUCAAUGCCAAAGGAAUCCAACUAUAGAAGGCAUACUGAAAAAUUGUUAACUGAACGAUUAGCAUAUUUGGAAGAGGAUGCUGAUGUAACUAGAAUGGAACGAAAAUACAAAUAUCAAGUCGAAGAACUAAUUUGGCAUGCAGAGGACGAGUUGAAGUGUGCUAGAGCGAUGGCAAAAUACAAGGUUUGGGAACCUUUAGUCAAAGGAGCACCAGAAAAUCAAUGGAAGUGGCCGGUUGCAUAAAAUAAUAACUUUCUGUUAAUAGAUACAAAUAGUUUGUUGAACUACUAGAGUUAUCAAAAAUAAAUUUGGUUUUUGAUUUUCAAAAAUAUA